AUGAAGGUCCAAUGUAAAUUUCCUCAUAGGUCGACAAGGAUCCUUCAGAGAAGGUACGACGUAUAUUUCCUCCUAUGGCAGCAAGGAUCCUUUAGUGAAGGUAGAUACUUGUUGCAGAUUGCUGGUGGAAUUUGGGCUGACACAGUGGGAGGGAAGCACGUUUUAGGAUUCGGCGUCAUUUGGUGGUCUGUCGCUACAAUCCUCACUCUUGUUGCUGCUAAACUCGGGUUGCCUUUCCUACUAGUUUCCCGUGCAUUCAUGGGAGUCAGUGAGGGGGUUGCUAUGCCGGCCAUGAAUAAUAUUCUUUCAAAAUGGGUUCCUGUGGCAGAGAGAAGUAGAUCAUUAGCUCUUGUAUACAGUGGCAUGUACCUUGGAUCAAUCACUGGACUCGCCUUUUCACCUUUCCUAAUUCAUCAAUAUGGAUGGCCAUCAAUGUUUUACUCCUUUGGUUCUGUAGGGACUGUUUGGUUUUGUAUAUGGCUUAAUAAGGCGCAUAGUUCGUCACUCGAUGAUCCUGAAAUUUUUCCAGAAGAAAAGAAGUUAAUUGCUACUAACGGUAUGUCCAAGGAACCCAUGAAGGAAAUACCCUGGAGAUUAAUUUUGUCUAAACCACCAGUCUGGGCCCUGAUAGUGUGCCACUUUUUCCAUAAUUGGGGAACUUUCAUUCUUCUUACAUGGAUGCCAACAUACUAUAACCAAGUGUUAAAGUUCAAUCUUACAGAAUCUGGACUAUUUUGUGUUUUACCAUGGCUUACGAUGGCAAUUUCUGCAAAUUUUGGUGGUUUGAUUGCAGACACUCUUGUGACCCUAGGUGUAUCUGUUACAACGGUCCGCAAGAUAAUGCAAACAGUUGGGUUUCUAGGUCCUGCUUUUUUCUUGACUCAAUUGAGCCACAUUCAUUCUCCUGUAAUGGCUGUUUUGCGUAUGACUUGCAGUCAGGGAACAAAUGCAUUCUCUCAGUCUGGAUUAUAUUCAAACCAUCAAGAUAUCGCCCCUCGAUAUUCUGGGAUACUGCUCGGUCUAUCCAAUACCGCUGGAGUACUUGCUGGUGUGCUUGGAACAGCAUCAACAUGUUACAAGCGCUUAGGUAACCUAUGA